GACAACGGGAAAAGGAAAACAUGAGAAUAAUCUGUUAGACAGCCCAUCUCAACCUCCAAAAUCUGGUAAGAACAAGAUGGGUAAAUCACCAAAUAUUGCCACAGCAGCACCAAAGAAACAGACAGAAGGAAAGGUACAGGCUCAGAAUGGGGCCUCUCAGAAGCAGAAAGGUGCUGUAAAUAAAAAUGUUAAAGGAUCACCACAAACUCCGGGGAAGACUCCAAAGGUGUUAAAAAUGGGAGGAUUAAGUUAUACAGAUUUAGUUGUUGGCACUGGAGUUGAAGCAAAGCAUGGCAAAAGUAUAUGGUAGCAGAGGUGCCCCACCGGCUAUUCCACCAAAUGCAGCAUUAGAAUUUGUUGUUGAGUUGAAAGCUGUUGGUUGAUAAAAUGUUGCUUUUUAAAUUUAUUGUCAUGAGUACAAAUUGCUACAAAAAGUUUGUAAGUAGUUUUAGUUAAAAUAAAACUGCAUUCAGAUUGCUUGGACAAAUUGUUAUUUAAUUACUGAAUGUAAUUGUGCAAUUAUUUACCAACAGUUAUUUCUUAUUAACAAAAGGUAGAGGAAAAUACAUAUUUUCUAAUAUGCAGUACAAAGCAGUAGUACGACUAACGAUUUCAUGUUUGUAUUUUCAUGGAACUGUAGCUGUAGUUGAACAAAAUGCAUUUAUAAAUAAUGGUGCAUUAUCAAUUUGUGUUACCAGUCAACUGAAGUUCAAUUUGAGUAUUGUUUAUACAGUAUCAUGAAGUGAAUGUGAAAGUUGUUAAUGUUUUUGGUGGUUUUGUUUUACAUUGGCUAAUCUAAGCAAUUGUUGUACCUUAAAUAAAUUCUUAGUCAAAGCAUAUA